UAGAAUUGACAAAAUGAAGUGUCAAAGUUGACGUAGUAGGAGGCAGACGUGUAUUUUUGCUGUGAAUAAACAAAAUUAUCGUAAAAUAAUAAUUUCAUAAAAGAUUUUACACUAAAGUUAGAGCUGGUAAAUAAAUAUAAAAGUGUUAAAUCGCAAGUUCUGCGCGAUUUCAUCCCAGAUACUCAAACUGGAGCAUAUGAAUCUUAUUUGUGCGUCUUUUAUAUUUGAAAGAUUGUAAACAAAGAAUCGGUAUAAGAAAAACAAUGUGGUCUCAUUUGCAACGAGGAAGUUCACCGGUGGACUGGUGUGAAUCGAAUUAUUCUAUUUCUCCAGUAAUAGCUGAAUUUGUUAACACGAUAAGCAAUGUCUUGUUCUUCUUGUUCCCACCGGUGUUGAUGCACCUAUUUCAAGAAUAUUCAAAGUUUUUCAAUCCAGCCAUAAAUGUUCUGUGGAUCCUGCUAAUGGUGGUUGGUAUCAGCUCUGCUUAUUUCCAUGCCACCUUGAGUUUAGUAGGACAACUUAUGGAUGAAUUGGCUAUUCUAUGGGUGUUCAUAGCAGCAUUCGCGAUGUUCUUGCCAAAGAGACAUUUUCCAUCAUUCUUGGAUGGAAACAGGCGGCGUUUGGCUAUCUAUUCGACUGUGAUGUCGGUGUUAUCGACUGGUUUCCUGGUGAUGCACCCGGCCGCUAACGCGUUUGCGCUGAUGACUCUCGCUCUGCCGGCUCUCGGGUUUUUGUAUGGAGAACUGGUCAGAGUGAAGUGCUCCCGUGUAUAUCGUCUCGGUCUCCGCUGCGUCGCAGUCAGCCUCCUAGCCAUAUUCUGUUGGGUCAUGGACCGCAUGUUCUGCGACGCAUGGCUCUCCAUAGACUUCCCCUACAUGCAUGGAGUAUGGCACGUACUAAUUUUCAUAGCCAGCUACACCGCUCUAGUUCUCUUUGCAUACUUCAACGUCACGGAAGAAAGCCCCGAACAGAAACCCCAGCUGAAAUACUGGCCAAUCAACGAAUUCGAAUUAGGUAUUCCAUACAUUACUAUGAAACAUCCGUGCAAACAAGAUAAGGAUCUAGCUAUUUAGUCAUUUUAGUUUAUAGUCAACUUGUGUGCAGUUAUUAGAAGGCUGAUUAACUUGUCAACUUUAAUUUGACCUAAAUGGUAGCUUAAAAUACUUUGAAGUUGAACGCAAAAGACAUGUAGAUAAAUAGAUCAUGUUACAUGUAUUAAAUUAUGUAGAUAUUUAUAUCGACGCCAAAAUAUAUUUUAGUAUAUUUAUUACAGCAGUGAGUUAAGUAACAGUUUGAAAUUGUUACGAUAUUUAUAUGAUGAGAGAACUAAUAAUAUUGUCUCAUUAAUGUGAAUAGAUGAAUAAUAUUCAGCAAUUACAUAUUGUGUUUUGGAAUCUUUGAGAACAUUUUGACCUACUACUUAAUGUUGACUGUGAUUGUUUUUAUAUUUUUUAUUUACAUCUAUUUUUAAUCCUUUUUUUUUUCUUUUUUUACACUUUUUAAUUUUGUUUUUAAUUUUUUAUAUUUUAUUUAUUGAAUAUCUAAAAAUAUAAAUGUCAUAAAAAAUUAUAUACUUCCUCAAAGAAGUCGCUCAAUAAAUAUAUAUCAAUUUCUUAUAUGAAGAAAUUAUAAAGUGAUUAAAUAGGAACAACAGCUUACAAAGAAACAUAUAAUAAUAUACUUACAUAUUUACAAAAAUAUAAUUGUGAUGUCAAAUAUAUCUGAGAUAUUAAUGUAGGAUAGUAUUAAUGUGUAGCUACUUAUUUUGUAUACUAUUAGAUUGUAAAUUUUAAUGAGUGGGUAGUACAAAAUCACAGUAAUGACAAUGUUGUAAUGGAAUGCAUAUGAUUUACUCGGUUUGUAACACUAUACGUGUAAUUAAUUGCAUAGGAAGCAUUAUGAACAAUUGUGUGGCCAUUUUAUUAUGUACGAGUAAAUUUAUAGAGCUACAUUACGAGUAACAUCAUCCUUUUUCACAAUAAAACCAAUUUUUGGUUUAACCUUAUGAUGACAACCUCGUUUCUGAGAAUAGUUUUAAGAAGGUGGAGGUAACGACUUAAAUUAUUGGGAUAAUGGGUUAUUGUGAAACUUCCAUUUAUUUACAGGCCAAUUUAAGUGUUUUAUUCCGCAAUGGCGAAAAUUACUUUUCUGUGGUCCAUCAAUACAUUUAAUGCCAGUAUUAGGUAAAAAGUGGACACUGUCCGCUAUUAAUGUUGUAUUUUAUUUUAAAGAGAAUUUGAAUAUUUAAAGAAUAAGUUUCAGUUUAUGUGCGUGUUAUCAAUGGAUCUUAUAAUGAAUCUCAAUGUAUGGCUUAAUUAAUGAGUAUUUAUGGCAUGUGAACAUCAAAGUUUUUAAUUAAUCUUGAAUGAAAUGUCACUAGUUUUCCAGAUUGUUAUUGACAAAGUUAAAGCCAAAAGCUAAGACUUCUCUAGUUUAACUUAGUGAUUUAUUUGUGGUGAUAUUAAUUAUGUUUACAAGUGAUGGAAUACUUAAUAAAUAAAAUGGUGACUUUA